CGCAGCUGGGGAUACUUAAGACGGCACACCGUCGUCCUUCUUCGUCUUCAGCCCUCUCGCCUCUGCUCCUCAUCUCUCUCCCUCUUCUCUCCUCAGCACAACCACCACAACCACCGCCCACCAUGCAGAAGUUCGCAUACGACUGGCGCAAGGCCAUCAACAUCCCCGCCUGGGUCAUCCAGUUCCUCGUCUGCAUCAUCUACAUUGGCAUCUCCGCCUGGGCUCUCACCCUCGUCAGUGGCAGCCGCACCGUCGUCAGCGGCAGCCUUGCCACCGCUCUUGCCGCCGGUGCUGGCAUCAACAUUGGCAUUGGCCUCCUCACGGCCCUCUUCGACAUCCUCGAGAUCGUCUUCAUCGCAAAGGGCGUCAUGAAGCCUGCCAUCUACCUCAGCUUUGCCUGCAUAAAAACCCUCAUCUGGGUCAUCCUCUUCAUCCUCGCCUGCCUCAGUGCCGCCGCCGCUUCCAUCCUCCUCACCCUCGCUGCUGCCGCCACCUGCAUCGCGCAGCUCGUCUACGGCUCGAUCGUCGUUCACCGCAACCGCAAGGGCACCCUCCGCGGCGGCAAGUACAACGCCGCUGCCACCGGCCACGUCGAGGGCCAGCUCUACACUCCCAACACCGGCAGUGCCCAGCCGCCCCAGACCCAGGGCUACGAGAACUACUCGACCGGCAUCCCCGCGCCCAGCGGCAACUACUCCCAGCAGGGCUAUGGUGGCGCCAGCCCCUAUGUCCCCCCCAGCGCCACCGAGUACAAGUCGCCCGUCCCCUCCCCUGCGCCCCAGCACGCGCAGCAGGCUCCGUACAGCACCUAUGCCCCGCCACCAAACAACCAGCACGGCUACUAUGCGCCUCAGCAGCAGUACUACGGCGGCCCUCCGGCUCCGGCUGGCUCCUACGAGCUGGACAACCAAGUCCGCCACUAAAAUCCGGCUGACCAAAGCGUCCAAGUUGAGCACGGCUCAUCCGCACCGGGAAACCAGGUCUGGCAAUAUCGACGCAAUCAGUUGGUCAAACCUUCUUGCAUUGGAGAACGGCGUUUAGCGUUGGAAUUAAUUCAUGGCUUUUGUCUUUUCAUGACGACGACGAGGGAGAGAAGUCAAGAGCGGUUACAAAAUUGAGCCAGUGUAUAUAGAACCCUGACGAGAACUCAGGAAAUGAUACCCCGAUUCUUUAAGCCUUGCUGAC